AUGUGCUCCUUUUCAUUAUUAUUUUUAACAAUCCUCUCUGUCAAUACAAAAAAAGAUUCAUAAUUUUUCCUUUUUUUGUGUGUUGUCUGGAAUGCAGGAUUCUCCAGUGUUCAAUUACAUAAACAGUUUGUCUCCAAUAAGACCAGUUAGAUCCAUACCAAAUCCUAACCAAUUUAGCUCUCUGAAUUUCACUUCUCCUCCCUCUGUUUUCACUUCACCACACCUAACUUCUUCUCACAAAGAAUCUCGAUUCUUCAAAACUCACAACUCUUCUUCUUCUUCUUCAUCUUCUGAUCCUACCAAUCCCAUUGAAUCUCGAGAAGAUAAGUCUACUUCUAAUGAAGAAGUUGUAGCAGAAGGAGAAAAUACAAAAGGUCUCAACGUAGAUUCUUCCAUGCGAGAAGAAGAAACAAAUCGUGAUGAUUCUGUUGCUUCACCUUGUGGUGGAGAUACUACCGAUCUUUCGCUUGUUCCAUACGCUCCUCGAGGAGAGAAUGAUACUUCUGAGGGUGCAGGCAUGGACUUGCAGAAGAUGUAUGAUAAUGUUCAAGGGAAAAGCGAAACUCCGGAUUGGGAAAGUUUGAUUUCAGAUGCUUCUGAGCUGUUGAUCUUCGACUCACCUGAUGCUUCAGAGGCUUUUAGAUGUUUUAUGAUGCAGAGAGCAUCAAACUCUGAAGCACGUUUUAGCAAUGGUGUGGAGGUGCAAACAAUGCAGCCCGAUUCAAACAGGGAACCGGAGUCCGCUAAUACGAUUCCUUAUGAGGCUGUUUCACUCUUGCAUCGCGGUAUAAGAAGACGCUGCCUUGACUUUGAGAUGCCGGAAAUAAGCAAACUAACAACGCGGCUUGUGAAUCCUCGUCAAGAUGUGUUGUACCGAAUACAAGUGGGUUUACAAAGCUCCAUCUCUACACUGCAAGAAAGUUUGGACCAAACAGAAAAUGAAACCCGGGAAGAUGCAGAUCAAGAUGUUCCCGUUGAACCAGCCUUGCAAGAGUUGAAUUUGAGCAGCCCUAAGAAGAAGAGGGUUAAGUUGGAUUCUGGAGAAGGCGAGUCGUGUAAGCGAUGCAACUGCAAAAAGUCCAAGUGUUUGAAACUUUACUGUGAAUGCUUUGCUGCUGGAGUCUAUUGCAUAGAGCCAUGUUCAUGUAUAGACUGCUUCAAUAAACCUAUCCAUGAAGACGUUGUCCUGGCGACUCGCAAACAGAUUGAAUCUCGGAAUCCACUUGCAUUUGCUCCUAAAGUCAUUAGGAACUCUGAGUCGGUUCUAGAAGCCGGGGAUGAUGCAAGCAAAACUCCAGCUUCUGCGCGCCAUAAACGUGGCUGCAACUGCAAGAAAUCAAACUGUCUGAAGAAAUACUGCGAAUGCUAUCAGGGUGGUGUGGGCUGUUCCAUAAACUGUAGAUGUGAAGGAUGUAAGAACGCAUUUGGCCGCAAAGAUGGGUCUUCCAUUGACAUGGAAGCAGAACAAGAGGAGGAAAAUGAAACAUCUGAGAAAAGCAGAACAGCCAAAGCCCAACAGAACACUGAGGUUUUAAUGAGAAAGGAGGCGAGGUCCGAUCUACCUACGACACCAACGCCAAUUUACAGACCAGAACUGGUUCAAAUACCUUUCUCAUCAUCUAAGAACAGAAUGCCUCCUCCACAGUCUCUUCUUGGAGGUGGAUCUUCCUCAGGGAUAUUCAACAGUCAAUAUUUAAGAAAACCAGACAUUAGUUUGACUCAAUCCCGGAUCGAGAAGUCAUUCGAGACAGUUGCAGAGGAUGGAGCUGAAGAAAUGCCUGAGAUUCUCAUCCACUCCCCGAUACCUAACAUCAAGAGUGUCUCUCCCAACGGCAAGAGGGUCUCUCCUCCUCAUAUGGAAUCAUCUAGCUCAGGGUCAAUCUUAGGGAGAAGAAGUGGCGGGCGGAAACUGAUAUUGCAGUCGAUUCCAUCGUUUCCUUCUCUCACUCCCCAACACUGAAAGCAUUUGGUGUUGUGUAGCUAUGGAAAUUCUUUGAAUCUUUUUCAAGGUGAAAGAUGAUAAAUGUCAACUUCUAGUUGGUAGUAAGUUAGCACUUAGCACACUUUAAGUCUGUAGUCUAGUGGUUGUGUAAUAAAGAUGUCAAUCCAUC